UCGCGCGAAAAUUGUGACCGUGAAAUUUGUGAAUUUUUCAUCGUGAAUUCGUGCGUUUCCCCUUUUCCAGCAUGCAGUCUACAAAUACCGGAAAAUAUGUUUCGGAAAGGGCGGAAGGAGAUGAUACCAACGAGAUCGGCUAUCGGCAAUCGCGAGAAAAUGAUCAGAUCGAUCUCAAGUACGGCUUCGAGCGCGUUAAGGAUACACAGGAACGGACCGGCUACCUCAUCAACAUGCACUCGACGGAAAUCCUGAACGACGAUCGACGACUGGUGGCGGCACUGGACAUGUACUUUCUGCAAAUGGACGGAAGCCGGUACAAAACGACGGUGAUCUACGCACCGUACCUGCUGCUGAUAACACGCGAAGGUCAUGCGCUCGAGGUGGCCAAGUUUCUCGGGAAGAAGUACUCCGGCCAGCUGCUGAACGUGGAACACAUCCAGAGGGAAGAUCUCGAUCUGGCCAAUCAUCUGAGUGGUCUGAAGCAGAACCUUCUGAAGCUAACCUUCCCCAACACGACCCAGAUGAACAAAGUGAAACGCGAUCUGAACAUUGCGGUCAAGAAGAACCGGGAACGCGAAAAGGCUAACACGUACUACAUGCAAAUGCUCAGCAACUCCCUGUCGACGGCCAUCCGAUGGGAGGAAGAUGAAACGGGCCGUGAAGGAAGGGCACCGAACCAGAAUGUGGAUUUCUACGAUUACAUCGUCGAUAUGCGCGAGCACGAUGUACCGUACCAUGUGCGGGUAUCGAUCGAUCUGAACAUCUUCUGUGGUACCUGGUACACGGUCCGUUGCCGGGGUGGUGUGAGCAGUGAGGAACGACCGGUCAUCACACCACGUCCGGACAUCAUCGAUCGCCCAGAGCCGGUCGUGUUGGCGUUCGAUAUCGAGACGACGAAACUACCGCUCAAAUUUCCCGACGCCCAAACCGAUCAGAUUAUGAUGAUCUCCUACAUGAUCGAUGGCCAGGGCUACCUGAUAACGAAUCGCGAGAUUAUCAGCAACGAUGUGGAUGACUUCGAGUACACUCCGAAACCGGAGUUUGAGGGCAAUUUUAUCGUGUUCAACGAACCGAACGAACUGGGCCUUUUGCAGAAAUUUUUCGAUCAUAUUCUCGACGUAAAACCACACAUCUUCGUCACCUACAACGGAGAUUUCUUCGAUUGGCCUUUCGUCGAAGCACGGGCCGCCGUGUACGAGCUCGAUAUGCGCCGUGAAAUCGGCUUUUCGAAGGUGAACGCACGCGACGGUAACUAUCUGUGCCGACCGGCGAUGCAUCUCGAUUGUCUGUGCUGGGUGAAGCGCGAUUCGUAUCUACCGGUCGGUUCGCAUGGUUUGAAAGCCGUGGCCAAGAGCAAACUGCGGUACGAUCCGGUUGAGCUCGAUCCGGAAGAGAUGUGUAAGAUGGCCGUCGAGCAGCCGCAGGUGCUUGCCAACUACUCGGUAUCGGAUGCGGUCGCAACCUACUAUCUUUACAUGAAAUACGUACAUCCAUUCAUCUUCGCUCUGGCCACCAUUAUUCCCCUUGAACCGGAUGAAAUUCUGCGCAAGGGUUCGGGUACCCUGUGCGAGUCGCUGUUGAUGAAGGAAGCAUUCAACGUGAACAUCGUUUUUCCGAACAAACAGAUCGGUGAGCUGAACAAGCUCAGUACCGACGGGCACGUGCUUGACUCGGAAACCUAUGUCGGGGGUCACGUGGAGGCCCUAGAGUCGGGUGUGUUCCGGGCUGACAUUAGUACACGGUUUCGGCUCGACCCGGACAUGAUUCGUCAGCUGCAGCAGAACGUGGACAAGGUGCUAGAGCAUGCGAUCGUCACCGAGGAAGGCGUACCACUGGACGAUGUGCUGAAUCUCGAGGAGGUGAAGCAAACGAUUCAGGGCGCGUUGCAGCAACUGCACGACAUUCCGACACGUCUCGAGCAACCCGUCAUCUAUCAUCUGGACGUGGGGGCCAUGUAUCCGAACAUUAUCCUCACGAACCGAUUGCAACCCUCGUCAAUGGUAAGUGAUAGUGAUUGUGCCGCCUGCCAGUACAAUCGGCCGGAGGCACGCUGUAAACGUAACAUGGAGUGGUUGUGGCGUGGUGAAAUGCUACCGGCCAGCCGUAACGAGUUCCAGCGUAUCCAGCAGCAGCUGGAGACGGAGAAGUUUCCUCCGCUUUUCCCUGGAGGUGCACAGCGUGCCUUCCACGAGCUAUCGCGCGAAGAUCAGGCCGCGUACGAGAAGAAACGGUUGGCCGAUUACUGUCGGAAGGCGUACAAAAAGACAAAGGUGACUAGAUUGGAGACGCGCACUUCGACGAUCUGUCAGCGUGAGAACAGUUUCUACGUGGAUACGGUACGCGCCUUCCGCGAUCGACGUUAUGAGUACAAGGGCCUAACGAAGGUGGCCAAAGCGGCUGUAACGGCCGCGGUUAAAAGUGGCGACGCUGGUGAGAUAAAAGCGGCAAAGGGACGCGAGGUACUGUACGAUUCGCUGCAACUCGCUCACAAAUGCAUCCUCAACUCGUUCUAUGGCUACGUUAUGCGAAAGGGAGCCCGUUGGCACAGUAUGCCGAUGGCCGGUAUCGUUUGUUUGACCGGAUCAAACAUUAUUACGAAAGCACGCGAAAUCAUUGAACGGGUAGGCCGUCCGCUAGAGCUCGACACCGACGGUAUCUGGUGCAUUCUGCCGGCUUCCUUCCCACAAGAGGUCACCUUCCACACGAAGCACGCAAAGAAGAAAUCGAUCAAUGUAUCCUACCCGAAUGCCGUGCUCAACACGAUGGUCAAGGAUCAUUUCACAAACGAUCAGUACCACGUGCUGGAACGACCGGCCGCACCAAGCGAGGGCAGAGAGGAGGCCGAGUACUCGGUUCGCAAAGAGAAUUCCAUCUUUUUCGAAGUAGACGGACCAUACCUAGCGAUGGUGUUGCCAGCGGCCAAGGAGGAAGGCAAACGGUUGAAAAAGCGAUACGCCGUCUUUAACUUUGACGGUUCACUGGCCGAACUCAAGGGCUUCGAGGUGAAACGGCGCGGCGAGCUGCAGCUGAUUAAGAUCUUUCAAUCUUCCGUAUUCGAGGCGUUCCUGCAAGGGUCAACGUUGGAGCAGUGCUACGCCGCGGUCGCCAAAAUUGCCGACUACUGGCUCGAUGUCCUGUACAGCAAGGGCCACAACAUGCCGGAUAGCGAGCUGUUCGAGCUGAUCUCGGAGAACCGUUCGAUGUCACGCAAGCUCGAAGACUAUGGCCAGCAAAAGUCGACCUCGAUCUCGACCGCCAAACGGUUAGCCGAGUUCCUCGGAGAUCAGAUGGUAAAAGAUGCUGGGCUGGCCUGUAAAUUUGUGAUCUCACGUAAACCGGAAGGAGCUCCCGUGACCGAGCGUGCCAUUCCACUCGCAAUCUUCCAAUCGGAACCGAGCGUACGGCGUCACUAUUUGCGACGCUGGCUAAAGGACAGUACGAUGGGUGAUGCCGAUAUUCGUGACGUGCUGGAUUGGGGCUACUAUAUCGAACGGUUGGGUGGUACGAUUCAAAAGAUUAUCACCAUCCCGGCGGCCCUGCAAGGACUGAACAAUCCCGUACCUCGUGUACAGCAUCCGGACUGGUUACACCGGAAGAUGCUCGAGAAGAACGAUACACUGAAGCAACGGCGCAUUAGCGAGAUGUUUACGGCAAGGGUAGAAAAACCGGCUCCUCCAUCGCUAACGGAUGUCGAGGAUCUGGUGCAGAGUCAAUCGAAUGGUGGUACAGGAACUCCCGGCACUAGUAAGCGACAACGUGAACGUUCCGUUGAAGUGCCGGCCACCGCAGAGCCGGAACCGAAAACAUGGCGCGAAGCGUUAGGUGAUCCCCCAUCGCCGGGCAACACGCGCGAAGAACUGAUCGAGUGGAUACGCUUUCACAAACGGAAGUGGCGCUGGCAGCUAGAGUACCGUGAUCGUCAUUAUCGGGAGGGUCGGCGUGGAAGUAAGCGCAUGCGAAGGGAUGAUGGUGCCAGUACGUCGGCGACCAUGACGCUGGCCACCGCCAGAGCUACCACGCUCGGUGGUUUCCUACGCAAAACGCAACAAUCAUUGAUCCAGCAAACGUGGCAAAUCGUACAGGUGCUACCGGUGGACGAUCUGGGCCACUUUACCGUUUGGGCGGUAGUUGGCGAGGAACUGCACAAAGUGCGCCUUACAGUGCCUCGCAUUUUCUACGUUAACCAGCGUACACCGGUACCAUCAGAACCCACGGAAGAUGGUAGCAGUAGUGGCAACAAAUCGAUGUGGAAGAAAGUACACCGUGUACUGCCCCGUGCUCGACCCGUUCACCAUCUGUACCAGUACAUCGUACCCGAGCAGGUGUUUCGUGAUAAUCGGUUGGGACUUUUGGCGGAUCUAGCGACACCCGAUAUCGAGGGUAUCUACGAGACGCAGAUGACUCUCGAGUUUCGUGCGCUGCUCGAACUCGGCUGUCUCUGUGGGGUGCAACGAUCGGAAGCACGGGCACUGGCUGUACUUGCCACGAAAGAUCUCGAUACGUUCACCAUCCAGCAGCUUGAAAUGCGUCCGGCUGCAUCCGGUGUGACUUAUCUCAAGGGAGCAUUAUCAGCGACACCAACUUCCGGUAUAACUCUUCGAAAGGUUUUCCUCUACCAGCACGUUUCACCGACGGGUAAACGGGAAAUGUGGGGCCUCUUUACACCGGCCAACCGGAAAGCGCUCAUCAUUAUCCUAGACACGGUGCGCACGAAUCAGCUACCGACGGUACGGAACCUCUAUACUUCCGAACGGAUCGCGCUACUGACGGCGGGCACCAAUACCGAGGACACGCUACCACCGGUCGACAUGACGUUCGAUGUGUUCAUGGAGAUCAAUGCCAAGCAGGUGUACCAGCGCAUUACCCGCGCACUGACGGCGUAUCGGGAUGAAAAGCGUGGCCCUACCAUGUUGUGUCUACAGACAGCAAUCGGUGUGCAGAAGCUGAACCAACUGCUUCCCGUUUGCCUCGAAUUUCCCGAGAUCCCUAUACACAUCGCCGACGAUGCGGCCCUCCUGUCCGGACUCGACUGGCAGCGACAUGGUGCCCGUUCUAUGAUACGUCACUUUCUGAACCUCAACCGUGUGCUGGGUAUGAUGUUGGAACAGUGCCGUUACUUCCAGCUACCGCUCGGUAACAUGCCCUCCGAUACGGUCCUGUUCGGAGCGGAUCUAUUCUACGCACGGCUUCUGCUACGGAACAACUUUGUGCUCUGGUGUUCGUCCGGUGGCCGGCCCGAUUUGGGUGGCCGUGAGGCGGACGAUGGUCGGCUGUUGGCCGAGUUCGAGGAUAGCACCUCGAUCGUACAGAAUCGGGCGGGCCUUUACCGGACGGUUUGUGUCGAGCUGACGGUGGAAAGUCUGGCUGUAUCUGCAUUGCUACAAGCGAGCAAAGUGCAGGAACUCGAGGGUACUUCAUCGGCCAUUACCUUCGACACGGUACCGCAAGCCUCGCUGGAGGAACUGAUCACCGCCGUCGGUGGCCAACCGCUUUCGAGCUACGACGAAACGGCACUCUGCAGUCAAGCGUUCCGUGUAAUGCGCUCGCUGGUGAACGCGUGGCUACGCGAAGUGUCCAUCAAUCGCAACGUGUUCGCUGACUUCCAGAUCGUGCACUUCUAUCGCUGGGUACGAUCGAGUCGAGCCCUACUGUACGAUCCGGCACUUCGGCGUGCCCUUAACACGCUGAUGCGUAAACUGUUCCUUCAGAUAGUGGCCGAGUUUCAACGGAUGAAGGCGGACAUAAUCUAUGCGGACUUUAAUCGCAUCAUCAUUGACACCGGCAAACGGACGGUGGUCGAUGCGAUCGGAUAUACGGAUUACGUGGUGCAGAACAUACGCAGCCGUGAACUGUUCCACAGUGUUUCGCUCUCCUUCCAGCAGGCUUGGGAGUUUCUGCUGUGGAUCGAUCCCACGAACUAUGGUGGCGUAAGGGCUAAUCUGCCGAAGGAGGCUACCAGUGGGUCAGCGGAACAACCUGGCACGCAGGUAGAGGACGAACAAGAGGAAGAAGAGCUAGCACUCGAAAUGAACUGGAGCCUAUCCGAGCAGCUGCCUGAGGCGCGCCGAUGUCGGGAGAACUUUGAAAACUUUCUCGUCUCCUUCCUACAGGCCAUGGCCGAAGGCGUCACACCGGCUAGCGGAUUGAAACGGUUAGCGUGUGCCGCGUACGCUAUGGUACAGAAAAUGCACGAAGGGUACGCGCGUGGGGCCGAUGGGCCAGCGCUUGAGUUCGUGAAAGCGAUCACGCGUGCCCUGCAGGUCACCAAGGAUACCGAUGAGGAGCUGACGGGCAUGAGGCGUAACAUGCUGCGGCUGAUCGGAGUAGGCGAAUUUAGUGAGAAAGCACACUGGAGGGAGGCCGUCAAGUCGUACGUUUUACCGGAGGUCAUCUGCCAGGCGUGUAAUCAUUGCCGCGAUCUGGACCUCUGCAAGGACACGCACCGUGCGCUAAAGGAUGGCCAGCAACCGGUGUGGCUGUGUGCCCAGUGUAACGUCGAUUAUGAUAACGUAGAAAUCGAAAUGCGGUUGCUAGAUGUAGUGCAGCGCAAGCUGAUGUCCUACACGCUGCAGGAUCAGCGCUGCAUCAAGUGUAAACAGAUUAAGCGCGAAAAUCUGGCCAAACACUGCCCCUGCACCGGGGCAUACGAGAACCUAAUUUCGGCUGCCGAUUUGCGCCGUCUGCUUCAAACAUUUCAAGCACUUGCUCACGAGUACCGAAUGCCGAUUCUGGAGGAAACUGUCCAGCACGUGCUGCAAACGCAGGCUGCGUGAUACCUGCCGUUGGUCAUUGUGAAGUUCGUUUUUUCUUUUCUUCGUCAAAUAAAUGCUAAAAACAAGCAAAGUAAUGUUUACAAUCUGUUACUGC